ACUUUUUAUUAUUAUUUCCCUCUUGCUUUUUGAGAACCACACAUGGCUUAAUUAUAGAAAAUUUUUGUAUAUAUAAAUAUAUAAUAUAUUUUUGAAUAAGCGUAUUUAAUAAUUUUCUAAAAAAUGAAUUUGGUGAUAUGGUUUAUUUAUAUUAGACUUGGAAUGAAAUUCUAGCAAAAUCUGAUUGGAUGGUGGUAUGGCUCGAUAUUCUUAAUUUUAUCAAUUCUACGUGGCAAAGGGUGAUUGGAUGAAAAAUAAAAUUUUCACUUAAUCCACGGAAAACGAGUCUAAUUAACAGAAAACCACCUCAAUUUCUCAACCUCUCCUUCUCCUCCAUGCACAUGCAUAUUAACCCCAAACCCUAAGACUCCCCCCGCCCUCCCUCUCUCUCUCUCAACCCUCCCUCUCCUUUCCUCUCCUCCCUCCAGGGAGAGAAAAAAUACGGGAAAGAUAGAAGAGAAAGAGAAGAGCCAUGGCGGAGCAUUCCGCUUACAUCGCGUACGUCCGAAGGCCCCGUAGAAUCGACGUCAUCAACGGCAGGGCGAACGGCAUCACCCGCUCUCAACCGCAGCAGGAGGAGCUUCGGUACCGGGAGGUGAGGGUGAAGAAAACGACGUCGUCCAAGGCGUGGCUGGACGACCCAGACGUGAAACGGAGGCAGAGGGUGGCCAAGUACAAGUUAUACGCCGUUGAGGGUAAGGUGAAGUCCUCUUUCAAGAAAGGGAUGCGUUGGAUUAAGCGCAAGUGUUCUCGGAUUAUACAUGGGUAUUGAAGAGAAAGUGAGUGAUACAAACCCAAAAAAAAGGGGGGGAGAGAAAAGGAGAUGGUCUUUGGUGGGGUUGAUUCCUUGAUUCCAUUAUGAAAAGAGAAAAAAAAAAAAAAGGGAAAAAAGGAAAUAGUUUGUUGCAUGGGAUGUUUGAUUUUACCCUUUGUAAAUUAUGGGUUCUCUUCAUGCCUUCAUAUGUAUUUCCUUCUCUUCGACCUUCUCUCUGUUUCAUGUUCUCUUAGAUUUUCAGUUGAACGAUGUCGUUUUGAUGGUGUUUCA